AUGAGCAGACAACAAUUUGUUGUUCCUAGGAACCUUCCAUAUCCUUGUCCAGCUUCCUGUGGUAAAUGUUUUCAGACUGAACAAGGUCACAAUCAUCAUAUUAGCGCUGCCAGAUCAUGUGCUUGGUACAAGAAAGGUAAACUAGCAGAAGUCUGUAGUACUGAGCCACCAGAGGAUGAGCUGGAGCAUGAAGAUGUGCUAGAGGACUUAUACCAGGAGAUGUUUGAGCUGGUCCCUGCUCAACUAGAUGAUAAUUAUGAUGAUGAUGUUAUUACAGAGCUGAUUGCUGGCCCAGGACCAUCCUCCAGACAUGGACUAUUGGAAGAUGAAGAUGAUAACAGAGUAGAAGUUGUUCAUUUGACAGCUGGAAAGGUCAUUAGAAUGGAUUCUAUGCUUCAUGAAAGAUGGCAAAAGCAAUUUGGAGUGCAGAAGGAGAAUGAAGAGGAAGAACAGGGUGCUUUUCAUCCCUUUGAGAGUUGCUUGGACUGGGAAGUUGCCUGUUGGGCUAGAGAGGAGGGGAUAGGACACAGGGCUUUGGAUCAUCUAUUAGCUAUUCCAGGGGUGCAACAAAAAUUAGGUCUAUCUUAUCACAACACUAGAGCACUGCACAAGUCUCUGGACACCAUCCCUCCCAGGGCUGAGUGGCAUUCUAAGAAGGAUCAUACAAAAUCAGUGAGAAUAUAUAAUGAAAUGUGGUCAGGAAAAUGGUGGCAUGCUAUUCAGGUAUGCGUUCUCAGACAUGUCUAA